ACACUGCACUGAUCUCUAGCUCAGUGUUUUAGGGCGAGCUUGCGUGCCUGAGGACAAUCAUUUGGCUUGUAGAUCUGUGCAAAGCGGCUCUGCCUACCGGUGUGCACUUCCUGAGGUCGAGCCCGUGAUUGUUAUGUAGCUCAAUCGACCGUGGCUCUUUAUACACAACGCAAACAAAAGAACUCAGCAGUUGACUUUUCACUCCGGCAUCAGCGGCGCCUGUUUUCCACUGAUCUGAAUUAAAGGAGUAACAUGGACUACACGAGUGCUCUGGAGGUGUAUAAGGAGAUGCUCCUGCUGUACUGUGAGGAGAUUCAGCACUACAUCAACUCAAUGUGUGCUGGUUUGGAGCCAUGGCAGAUCAUUGCAUCAACGUUAGUGUCUACUCUUGCGGCAGUAUGGCUCAAAGACUUCCUGUUCCAGAAGGAGAGUCUGCUGUCUAGAACUAAGAAACAGUGCUUUCGACUCAUCAGAAAAAUCCCAUUCGUAGGCGCAUCAAUUCAGAACCAGCUGAACAAGGCUCUAGAUGACAUGUCAAUGAGCCUGUGCACACUGAAGGAAGGAAUGAGCUACAUGAAGUGCUUGCCUACACAGGGCCUCACGCAGAAACAAGUCCUAGACAGCAUCAGACAGUACCAGUCACUGAAUGAAGUGCAGUGGUCCAAAGGCAAGGUUUCAGGGGCAGUCUACUGGGGAGAUGAAAAGCUCACAGAUCUUCUGGUGAAGGUAUAUGGUGAGUUUGCUUGGAGUAAUCCCCUCCACCCGGAUAUCUUUCCAGGCGUGAGAAAGAUGGAGGCAGAAGUGGUGCGGAUGACGUGUACUCUCUUCAAUGGUGGACCUGAGUCAUGUGGCACAGUCACUUCUGGUGGAACUGAGAGCAUUUUGAUGGCCUGUAAAGCAUACAGAGACCUGGCUUAUGAACGAGGAAUCAAAUAUCCAGAGAUACUUGCACCAGUAAGUGCUCAUGCAGCAUUUGACAAGGCAGCACACUACUUUGGAAUGAAACUGAUUCAUAUACCUUUGGAUAAGAAGACUAUGAAAGUCGAUGUAAAGGCCAUGAAGAGAGCCAUCUCUAAGAACACAGCCAUGCUGGUUUGCUCUGCUCCUCAGUUCCCUCAUGGGAUCAUUGACCCCAUUGUGGAAGUAGGGAAGUUGGCGGAAAAGUACAACAUUCCCUUCCAUGUGGAUGCCUGCUUGGGUGGGUUCCUUAUAGUAUUCAUGGAAAAGGCUGGAUUCAAGCUGGAGCCAUUUGACUUCCGAGUUAAAAGCGUCACAAGCAUUUCAGCAGACACGCAUAAGUAUGGCUAUGCACCCAAAGGCUCCUCAGUGGUGAUCUACAGAGAAAAGAAAUAUCGUCACUACCAGUACUUUGUAGCCCCUGAUUGGCAGGGAGGAAUUUACGCAUCUCCCUCAAUAGCUGGUUCUCGGCCUGGUGGGAUCAUUGCUGCCUGCUGGGCCACUAUGAUGCAUAUGGGAGAAAGUGGCUACGUGGAGGCCACCAAGAAGGUUGUUCAGACAGCCCGCACCAUUGCAGCAGGCGUCCAUAAAGUGGAGGGACUGUUUGUGUUUGGAAAGCCAGAAGUCUCAGUGGUGGCUUUAGGUUCCAAUGUAUUUGAUAUAUUCCGUUUAUCCAAUGCACUCACAUCAAAAGGCUGGAAUCUCAAUACUCUCCAGUUCCCAUCCAGCAUCCAUAUUUGUGUAACUAUGCUGCACACACAGCCUGGUGUUGCAGAGCAAUUCAUCAAAGAUGUAAAGGAGGAAGUAGCAAAAAUUAUGAAAAAUCCCAAAGAGAAGACCACUGGAAUGGGAGCAGUUUAUGGCAUGGCCCAGACCAUCCCUGAUCGGUCGAUGGUGACGGAGGUGUCAUGCGGCUUCCUGGACUGCCUCUACAGCACUGAGGUUAAAAAGGUCCAAAAAAACCACUAUACCAGCAAGAAGAACCACAUGAAUGGGAACUCAAAGUCACACUGAGUCUAGCAUGACUGCUGGGGUCUGUGCCUACAGCUGCCCUAGGGCUGCUCAUCACAUUUACAUACUGUUUUGUUUUGUUUUGUUUUUUGUCCGUCAUUUCAAUCACUCACUUACUUAUUUCUAGAUACCACACAAGCCAUAUAACCCCAUUCACUUUGGGCAUUUUUUUGCUGUAGAUAAAACUGUCCAUAAAAUCUGUGGUAUCAAUGUCAGCGCAGAAGGUUCAGGGACUGUUAGUUUUUUUCCAACAAGUGUCUUUAUAUCUUCAGUUUUUGUUAUAUAGAUGUGUUGACACUUCUCCUUUCACAUUCCUCCAUCCAUUUUGUUGGAGGUAAAUGCUCCAGCUGAGCUCUCAGGUUAUCACUGAUUAAACCAUUCGUUGAGUUUUAAGUACAUUUAGUACUAAUAGAAAUUUUUAUUGCUAACUGCAAAAUUAAUGUCCCUUAAAAUAUUUCAGUUCACUUUUCAAAGUACAUUUGUCACAGACAGUGACGUCAUGCAAGCAAAACUGUAAAAACGUUUUAAGUUAAGAAGCUUUUAAAUUUUCGCAUCCAUUAUUUGUGCUGGUGAAGAUAUUGAAGAUAUAAUCAGAUAACUGUGCAGCUUUAUUAGUGUUGGUGAGAACAUGAAAAUGGACUAAAGAACAUGUUUAGUUUUUCUUUUAAUAAAAUAUUUCCAUCAUCUAAUGAAACUUGAAGUACUACUCAGGUGUGCUUGAAUUGAACAAUUUCUCAUUUUAAUAGAUACAACAAAAAAAAACAAACAAAAAAAACUUGUUCAUUAUAAUUGAAGCAAAUUAGAUGAUGGGAAAUUCAUGUCUUAAUUCUAAAAUCUCCUCAAUAUGAUUUAUUGGUAUUUCUGAGAUGGAUCCUGCCCCCACAUUAUGUCUACCUCAGAAUUCGUUCCAAUUUUAAUACAUUUCAACUUUUUCUUUAUAAACACAAUAAUUGGAAUAAAUGUUCUCAUCCCACAUAUUAAUUAUUCAACCUACUGGCCAAUUAAUACAAUGAGAAAUUGUUUGAAAUCCAUGGGAGAGGCUUGGGAGAAGGAUAAUUUUAAAGGAAAAAUCCUUACUGGGAGAAAUUUGAUAUUUUAAUGACUUCUUAUCCUAGAAGGACACGUGUGUAAGAAAUAAUUGUUAAGUGUUGUUGAAAAAGGGAAAGGAGCUCUUGGAUCAGUAGUGAGAUGAUGAAGAUACGGUACCACUGAAUCAUGACUGCAGACCUCACCAGCUGUUUUAAUUCUGUAUGUAUUCAUAAUGUUUGUGACCACUAUGUGUGUUUUUACAUUAUGUUUCACUAAUAUAGGGUCUCGUAUUUCAAUAAUGUAAUUAUUAUUAUUAUUAUUUUUAAGUGUGUUUAUAAAUGUUAUCACAGGGCUACAAUGGUUCAUAACAUCAUAAUAUUUAGGUUUACGGUUGAUGUGCAAAGUUCCACGACUUGUAAUAGCAAGACUAUUUUUAAAUCUUAUUUUCAUAUCCAGUAUUUUAUAAUUAAAGCAGUUGUCCCUUUGAUUCCACAGAAACACUUUAAAAGCACCGAGCUAAUCGAUAUUACUACCCAAUAGUGAGGCAUCUUCAUUAUUGAAAUCUGAAGUAUCCAUUUGACGUUCAUGGUUAUGAUUAUCUGUAGCUAAUGACCCACGCUGUUCACGUGUAUGUCUUUUGGCAGGCUCUAGUGCAGUGUUUAAAUCAGCCUCAGGGAGAGGGCCUUUUCCAAACCGUACCAUAUCCACUUACCAUACUACCCUGUUCAUGCAAACAAUAAAGUUGUAUUUUAAAAAUC